CUCGGCGGCGCUUGGCAGGGGGUGAGGCUGCAUCGCGCUGUGCUUUGGGCUGAGUCACUGCUGAGGAGUGGGAAGGUCUGAAGAGUGUGAGAGAGAAGAGGCAAAAGGAGGGGGAUAGCCUGCUCUAUAACAGCUUCCACAGGAGAGAGAGAGAGCGCGCAAGAGAGAGACACGACAAGCAAAGCGACAGAGAGAGAGAGGGAGAGCACCAGGCAGGGAGGGAGCGAGACGCUGACCCCUCCUCUCCCCUCUUCCUCUCCUCUCCUUCUUUCGUCCCCCCCCCUCCCUCCUCACUCAUUCUGGAGCUGGCGUGUUGGAGUGGAGAGCACACCGUGACGGAGGCAUCAUGAGCGAUGUCACCAUCGUCAAAGAAGGCUGGGUGCAAAAGAGGGGUGAAUAUAUCAAGAAUUGGAGACCACGCUACUUUCUGCUCAAAACUGAUGGAUCCUUCAUUGGGUACAAGGAGAAGCCGCAGGACGCAGAUCUCCCCUACCCGCUCAAUAACUUCUCUGUUGCUAAAUGCCAGCUGAUGAAAACCGAACGGCCAAAGCCCAACACGUUUAUCAUCAGAUGUCUCCAGUGGACCACAGUCAUUGAAAGGACUUUCCACGUGGACACUCCAGAGGAAAGGGAUGAGUGGACAGAAGCGAUCCAGAUGGUGGCUGAUAAACUCCAAAGACAGGAAGAGGAGCGGAUCCAGUGUAGUCCCACCUCACAGAUAGACAACAUCGGAGAGGAGGAGAUGGACAUCUCGAUCAGCCACCACAAACGCAAGACAAUGAAUGACUUUGACUAUUUAAAGCUUCUGGGAAAAGGCACUUUUGGAAAAGUCAUUCUCGUAAGGGAGAAGGCCAGUGGGAAGUAUUACGCAAUGAAGAUUUUGAAGAAAGAAGUUAUUAUUGCAAAGGACGAAGUGGCUCACACGCUCACCGAGAGCCGAGUGCUGAAAAACACCCGACACCCCUUCUUAACUUCUUUGAAGUACUCAUUCCAGACAAAAGACCGCCUCUGCUUCGUGAUGGAGUACGUCAAUGGAGGAGAGCUGUUUUUCCAUUUGUCGAGAGAACGGGUGUUCUCAGAGGACCGCACGCGCUUCUACGGUGCCGAGAUUGUCUCUGCCCUCGACUACCUGCACUCCACCAAGAUAGUGUACCGGGAUCUCAAGUUGGAGAACCUUAUGCUUGAUAAAGACGGACACAUUAAAAUCACAGACUUCGGCCUCUGUAAAGAAGGAAUCACAGAUGCUGCUACUAUGAAGACGUUCUGUGGAACACCAGAGUACCUGGCACCAGAGGUGCUGGAGGAUAAUGACUAUGGCCGGGCAGUAGACUGGUGGGGUUUGGGUGUGGUGAUGUAUGAAAUGAUGUGUGGCAGGCUGCCCUUUUACAAUCAGGACCAUGAGAAGCUUUUUGAGCUCAUCCUUAUGGAGGACAUCAAGUUCCCCAGGACGCUGUCGGCCGAUGCCAAGUCUCUGCUGUCAGGCCUGCUCAUCAAAGACCCUAACAAGAGACUCGGCGGAGGUCCAGACGAUGCUAAAGAAAUAAUGCGACACAGUUUUUUUGCUGCAGUCGACUGGCAAGAUGUUUAUGAUAAAAAGCUGAUACCUCCCUUUAAGCCUCAGGUGUCAUCAGAGACGGAUACCAGAUAUUUUGAUGAGGAGUUCACGGCACAGACGAUUACAAUAACUCCCCCUGAAAAAUUUGAUGAAGACGGGAUGGACUGCAUGGAUAACGAGCGGCGGCCGCAUUUCCCUCAGUUCUCCUACUCGGCCAGUGGGAGAGAGUGAGUCCCACACAGCCAGCACUGCCUCAUCAUCAUCACGCUUACCACUGGAACAGACUAGUCCUUCAGCUUUUACCCAGUCAGACUUAGCCCAAACGAAGCUCCCCUUCUCCACUGGGACUCUCUUCAUCAUGCUGUACGCAGGCCAAGAGCUCCAGGACACGCUUGGCUUUUAAUGGUAAUGGGAAUUUUGCACGUCGGGCUGAGCUGAAGUCCAGUCCGCCUAAACGCCCCAGGCUGCUGGGGAGAAGAACUGUGUUGUUUUGUUUACUUUUGUGUGUUUAGUUUCUGUUUUUUGUGUGUGCGCGCGCGUGUGUGUGUGUGUGAUAUUUAAAUUUUUUUUUCUGCAUUGAGAUGCUUAAAUAUCUUCACAUGACUCCUUCACUGGGCGCAAAAACGCACUGAAGCUGCAGAGCACCUUUCUGUCUUGGUCCAUUCCUGUGUGGCUCGAGAUUGACAUGAGCAUUAACAACGUUUAAGUGUUGUGUGAUGUCUGAUAUGAAGUACAACCGAAUGCCUCCUUUUUUUUUUUUUU